AUGGCGGCCAACACCAACGUCAAGGCGUCUCUUGAGAUCACCAAGGGCGCCACUGCUAUGGACCCUAUCCCGCUCGACACCAGCUCCACUGGCUCUUUUGACGAGAACACCAACCUCUUGGGUCCAUUCCCUACUGAAGAGGAAUGGGCGACUCUUCCCAGGGUUGCUGGUCGCAUUCCGUGGCAAGCAUGGACUGUGGCUGCUGUUGAGUUCGUUGAGCGCUUCAGUUACUACGGUACCAGCGCUGUCUUCGUCAACUUCAUCCAAAAGCCAUUGCCUCCUGGUUCCACAACUGGUGCUGGUUUCUUGAAGAAGGGCGUCAGUUCUGGUGCUCUGGACAUGGGCCAACGUGCCUCCACCGGUCUCACCAUGUUUAACCAGUUCUGGUCUUACAUCACGCCUCUCGGUGGUGCCUGGCUCGCUGACGAGUACUGGGGACGUUACAAAACCAUCCAGUACUCUAAUCUUAUCGCUCUUAUCGGCCACAUUAUUCUGAUCAUGUCUGCUAUCCCCGCAGUUAUCGUCAAGCCUAACGUCGCCAUCGGUGUCUUCGCUGUCGGUCUCGUCGUUAUGGGUUUCGGAACUGGUGGUUUCAAGAGUAACAUCUCUCCACUCAUCGCAGAACAAUACAAGGAUCAAAAGGCCUACGUCCGUGUCAGGAAGAAUGGACAGAAGGAGAUUGUCGACCCCGCCACUACCACUGCGCGUAUCUACAUCUACUUUUACUUCCUGAUCAACUGCGGAUCUAUCUGCGGUUCCAUCGCCAUGGUUUACUCAGAGCAUUUCGUCGGUUUCUGGCUCUCUUACACGCUACCCACUAUCUGCUACCUCCUCUGCCCCAUCAUUCUCAUCACGAUGAAGAAGCACUACAAGCUUUCGCCACCCACUGGAUCCGUCAUGGGCAAGGCUUUCAAGCUCAUCGGCCUCGGUAUCAAGAACUCGCCCCGCAAGAACACUUUCAAGGACGAUGGCUUCUGGGACAGGGUCAAGCCUACUGCUCUCCGUGCCAGCGGCCAGGCUGUCCCUGACUGGAUGACCUUUGACGAUGCCUGGGUCGACGAAGUCAAGCGCGGUAUCCUCGCUUGCAAGGUCUUCUUGUGGUACCCUCUCUACUGGCUCGCGUACAACCAAAUGACCAACAACCUCGUCUCCCAAGCCAACACCAUGAACCUCGGAAAGACACCCAACGACAUUGUCUCGAAGCUGAACCCCAUCUUCAUCGUCAUCCUUAUCCCGAUCAUGGACUUCUUCGUCUACCCCGCUCUCCGCAAGGCUGGUGUCAACCUCUCGCCCAUCAAGAAGAUCACUGCUGGUUUCGCUCUUUCCUCAUUCGCCAUGGUGUCAGCCUGCGUCAUCCAAUACUACAUCUACAAGAUGUCACCCUGUGGCAGCAACAUCAACGCCCUCAGCAAGGAACGCAAAGACUGCAACGCCGACAUCUCCGUCUGGGUCCAAGCCUUCCCCUACGGUCUGAUCGGUAUGUCCGAGAUUCUCGCUUCCAUCACCAAGCUCGAGUACGCGUACACCAAGGCACCCAACAACAUGAAGUCCACCAUCCAGGCCGUUGCCCUCUCCACCUCCGCUGUCUCCGCCGCUCUCGGUCAGGCCUUUGUCAGUCUGUCUGAGGACCCUCUCCUCGUAUGGAACUAUGGUUCCGUUGCUGUUGUUGCCAUGUUCGGUGGUAUUGGUUUCUACCUCACUUUCCGCAAGGCAGAUGCUCAGGAAGAUGCUAUGAACAAUAUGAAGGAGAGCAAGUACGUGGGCGGCCGUGAGGUCGGCGAUGCUGAGAAUGUUGAGACUCUUAGUGUUAGGGACGAGAAGAACGAGAAGAGUGGGUUGUAG